CGAUUUAGUAUUCGUUAUAAAAUGGGUCCUGAUGAAGAUAUUCCGACCAAUAUUUCUCCUCCUAAUUCUUAUGGGUCGGUUGUUCUUGGUGGCACUUUCGACCGCCUUCAUGAUGGUCAUCGACUUUUCCUCAAGGCUGCAGCUGAUCUUGCUAGAGAUCGAAUUGUGAUUGGAGUUUGUGAUGGUCCUAUGUUAGCUAAAAAGCAGUAUGCAGAAUUGAUAGAACCUUUUGAGAAAAGGAUGCAAAACGUUCAAGAUUAUAUCAAGUCCAUCAAACCGGAGCUCGUUGUAGAAGUGGAACCCCUUUCUGAUCCUUACGGUCCUUCUAUUGUUGAUGAAAAUCUGGACGCCAUUGUAGUCAGUAAGGAGACAUAUCCCGGGGGACUGUCAGUUAACCGAAAGCGAGAUGAGAAGGGGCUAUCUCAACUGAAGAUUGAAGUUGUAGAUUUAGUAUCAGAGGCAACAGGCGGCAGCGAUAAGCUGAGUUCAACGUCCUUGAGAAAGCGCGAGGCUGAGAAAUUAGGAAAUCAGCAAGCUUGAAACUGCUAGCUUUGUAUGCUGAAGUUCAAUAUUUUUUAUUGUUAUUUGAACCUUUCCAUGGGACUUGAUUUAUUACUCGCAACAAAUUUUUGUAUACAUUAUACCACAAAGUUAAGUAACUAAUGUUACAGAUGAUGUAUGUUACCAACAAUCAACCGCAAAACACUUUUUUUGUUAAGUGUACAUUCGACCCCUUUGAACCGCUCCUAGUGGCAUCAAGAAUUAUAAUUUUGUGGCCUAAUGCAUGUAUGUAUGACAAGUGUCAUGUAAAAUAUAAAAU